AUGUCGCAAGAAGCUUCAGCUCUUGCAGCUGCGAUAGCCCAGGGCCAGCAAGCAAAUUACCCGGAUGUCAGCCGAGGACCUCUACUCGUGAGGACGGUAUGGGUGCUCAUCAGCUUUUCCACCAUCACUGUCUUCGGCAGGCUGUAUACAAAACUUCGCAAGGCUCGACGGCUAUACUGGGAUGAUGCGCUCGUCAUACUGGCAUUGAUCAUUGGUAUAUUCCACGCCGCAUGGAUAACAAGAGGAGUCCAGGUCGGUCUCGGCCGGCAUAUCAACUAUCUCUCGGAGUACCAACGUGGCGAAGCGUUGCGAGUCGGACUAUGGUCUCUCCUGAUGGCGUUCCUCAGCCCGAUGGCUGGCAGGAUGGCCUUUUGCGUUACCCUACUCUAUCUUGCCGGCACUGAUCCUAGAGUAAAGAAGUGGCCUAUCUGGAUCUUUUUCGCUGGGCAAUUAUUGGUCAACGUGGCAGUCUUACUCGCUUUCUACACUCAAUGUGGCUCUCAUCUGAGCAUCUUCUGGACGCCGACGCAGGUGGAGCAGUUCGCAACGCAUUGCGUGAACCCAAAAAUACAGACGGAUCUUGGGUACUUCCAAGGAUCUUUCAACACCCUGACUGAUGCAUUCUUGACUGCACUUCCCGCGGUAUUGAUCGAGCACACGCGACUGUCCCUAAAGUCAAAGAUUGGACUAGCUUGCCUGUUGUGCUUGAGCAUUCUGGCCAUGAUAGCAUCCAUCGUCAAGACCUACGAAGCACGCGCUCUACACGAAAUCCUGGACUACACAUACGAUCUCUGUCCUUAUGUCAUCUGGAUCACAAUCGAGUUGAAUGUGGUCAUCAUAGUGGCCUCAAUUCCCUUGAUGCGACCUCUCUUCAUCAAAUCGACCGCGCAGCCACGGCGCUUGCGAAUACCGUCACAACCACCGAGAAGUAGUCUCUGGUCGAAAUCUCAUUCCGGGCACACAAGCUACUCUCAGAAAGGCCUUGAAGCUAUUACGAUACGACCGGAAAGUCAGGAGAACAUCGUUCCGCAGCAUCAUAUACCACUGCAUGAUCUCGAACCGUCUGGUAUUGUGGUCACGUCGGAAGUAUCGAUCACGUACGAGUCGAGUAAUUCGCCUUAUGUACAUGCGGCACUGGUAGGCUUGGUGCAAGGAGAGAUCGCGAAUCCUGGACUUGUCCAAUGA